UUGUGUUAUGGCUACUCAAUCUCAUUGUCCAAGAAUCAUUAUCGACAGCGGAACGGGCUUUGUGAAAGCGGGUCUCAGCGGACUUCGGGAUAAACCAAGAGCAAUUACGCCUUCUACCGACGACGUUUGGUUACGCCACUUUUGGGCUGAGGAAUCACCAUCGUACUUUGAGCGAGAGAAAAGAGAGUCUAUCGUAAAUUUCGAGGCUUUAGAAAAGCUCUGGAACAUCAGUCUAGCCAAACUGAAGGUAGAUGUAACACAACAUGACAUCAUACUCACUGAAAGUGAGUUGAAUGUUGAAAGAGACCGCGCAACGAUGGCACAAAUUAUGUUCGAACGAUACGGUGUGCCAGGAUUGUAUAUCGGCAACGAGUCGGCUCUUUCUCUACUCUCGCAUUGGCUGCGAACCGGCGUAGUUGUUGACUGCGGGCACCUUGUUACGACAAUUGCAGUGAUCUACAAUGGUCAACGUUGUCUAAUAUCGAACACGAUACUAAACUAUGGCGGCCGAAAUGUGACCAUGCGUCUACUAUCAGAUUUAAUCAAAAGCGGCUACAACCAGUUGAACCCUCGAAACAUGGCUCACGUCAGAGAAGUGCAGAGAAUAAAAGAAACAGUAGCGUGCUUGAGCUGCAACUACGACAAAGUUGUGCGCUUUCCAGAUCGAAUGGAUCCAGUUCAGUUUCCUUGUCAAAUGGUCAAAGGCAAAGUCGUGAAUAUUCGCCACGAGCGUUUUGCGUGUGCGCAAGGUCUCUUUCGUCCUGACAUGUUUGGAAAGUCUGACGAAGGCAUUGCAGAAGCAAUCUAUUAUGAUGUGGAGAAAUACAAUCCAGAGUUACAAGCAACGUUAUAUUCAAACAUCUUUUUGUGCGGCGGCGGCUCAAUGCUGCUGACGUUUCAAGAGAGGUUAAUUGCCGACCUUGAAAGAUUGAAACGGAGACAUGAAGAGGUACGAGUGGCAGCUGAACUGGAUCGUGAAUACAGUGCUUUUGUUGGUGCAAACAACUUAGUCAAUAAAAUGCCGGACAUUCUCAAGAAACUAACGGUCACCAGAUCGGAAUAUCAGGAAGAGGGUGUGAGAGCAUUCGAAAGGAAACUAUCCCAUAAAGCUUUGUUUGCUUUCAAAUGAAAUGGUUUAGUUUAGAAUUACGCGCAGUUAAUGGAUAUUUUCCUAUAUCUGCAGCAUAAACAUGGUAUUGAGUUAUUCUGCACAAGAGAGUAUGUGUACGCAAAAAUAGAAACUCUAAGACUUCACGGUGCACUAAA